AUGAACGAAGUUGAGAAAUUAGAACAUCUUUCCCUUGUUAGUAAAGUAUGUACAGAACUCGAAAAUCAUUUGGGGAUGAAUGAUAAGGACUUGGCGGAAUUCUUAAUUCAUUUAUCAGAAAAACACAAUACUCUGGAGAGUUUUAAGAAAGUUCUGAAGGAAAAUGGAGCUGAAUUUUCUGAUUCAUUCACUGAGAAUUUGUUACGAAUUAUUCAACACAUGCGACCUAAGAAAAAUUCAGUUGAAUUUGAAGCAAACAUCUCUAAAACAAAAGCAGAUGAUUUGGCUGCCAAGUUUCCUGCUCUUGCUAUGGCAAAUAAAUCACAAAAGGCACUAUUAGAUGAGAAUGCUUUUGAUGAAAAUGAAAAGAUUGACACAAAAAAAGUGGCAAAAGAAGACGACGAUAUAAUUGGUGAUAUGAUGGCUCAAUUGGAGGCUGAUGCACCAUCAAAUAUUGUUAAAGAAGAGACACAUAAAACUAAAAGCCGUAGUCGCAGUAAGUCUAGAGAAAGAAAAAGAAAAAGUAAAUCUAGAUCAAGGUCUAGGCAUAGAGAUAGAAAAUACAGGGAUAGAUCAAGAGAAAAAGAAAGAGGCAGGGACAGAAGAAGGUACCGGAGUAGAUCAAAAGAAAGGAGAGACAGGAGUAGGUCUAGAGAUUACAAAGAUAGAAGAAGGGAUAAAGAUAGGGAUAGAGAUCAUAGACGGAGAAGAAGCAGAUCAAGAGAAAGAAAUAGAGAUAGAAUACGACAAAAAAGUGUUGAAAGAAUGCAAAAAAGGGAAAGCCCAGAACUUGAAGAGGAACCAAUUCCUGGAAAGAUCUACAAUGGUAAAGUUGCAAAUAUUGUUCCAUUCGGAUGUUUUGUCCAAUUGGAAGGAUUAAAGCGCAGAUGGGAAGGUCUAGUCCAUAUAUCCCAAUUAAGAGCUGAAGGAAGGGUUACAAAUGUUUCUGAAGUUGUUUCUAGAGGAAGUAAAGUGAAGGUAAAAGUAUUAUCAGUAACUGGACAAAAAGUUUCAUUAUCAAUGAAAGAAGUUUGCCAAAUGACUGGUAGGGAUUUGAAUCCAUCUUCUCAUGCUCCUGCAGAAAGAGAAGAUAAAGAUAGAAAUCCAGACAGACCAAUGUACAACUCAACAUCAGUAUUGAGACUUCCUGUUGGCAUUGAAGAAGAUGACGAAACUUCAAGGAAGAGAGUCACUAGAAUAUCAAGUCCUGAAAGAUGGGAAAUUAAACAGAUGAUUUCUUCUGGUUGCAUUGACAAGAGUGAACUUCCAGAGUUUGAUGAAGAAACAGGUUUACUUCCAAAAGAUGAGGAUGGUGAGGCAGACAUUGAAAUUGAAUUAGUAGAAGAAGAGCCACCUUUCCUUCAUGGCCAUGGGCGUGCCCUACACGAUCUCAGUCCUGUUAGGAUCGUAAAAAAUCCUGAUGGUUCCCUAGCUCAAGCUGCAAUGAUGCAAUCUGCCUUAGCAAAAGAAAGAAGAGAGCAAAAAAUGUUACAAAGAGAACAAGAAAUGGAUUCAUUACCAUCUGGACUAAAUAAAAAUUGGAUUGAUCCUUUACCAGAAGCCGAUAGAACACUUAUGGGAAGUAUGAGAGGAAUAGGGUUGCAAUCUCAAGAUUUACCUGAAUGGAAGAAACACGUUAUUGGUGGUAAAAAGUCCUCUUUUGGAAAAAAAACAAAUCUUACUAUAAUCGAGCAAAGGCAGUCAUUACCUAUUUAUAAAUUAAGAGAUGAACUCAUAAAGGCUGUAAUGGAUAACCAAAUUCUCAUAGUUAUUGGAGAAACUGGAAGUGGUAAGACGACUCAAAUAACGCAAUAUUUAGCCGAGACUGGAUUUACAUCAAGAGGAAAGAUUGGAUGUACCCAGCCUCGACGUGUGGCCGCAAUGUCUGUUGCUAAAAGAGUAGCUGAAGAGUUUGGAUGUCGAUUGGGUCAAGAAGUCGGUUAUACAAUUCGUUUUGAAGAUUGUACUAGUCCUGAAACUGUGAUAAAAUACAUGACGGAUGGUAUGUUACUUCGAGAAUGUUUAAUGGAUCUUGAUCUCAAGAGUUAUUCUGUCAUAAUGUUGGAUGAGGCCCACGAACGAACCAUACACACUGACGUACUUUUUGGGCUUCUUAAACAAGCAGUAACUAAACGUCCUGAGCUUAAAUUAAUUGUUACUUCUGCUACUUUGGAUGCUGUGAAAUUUUCACAAUAUUUCUUUGAAGCCCCGAUCUUUACAAUACCUGGUCGCACAUUUCCUGUUGAAGUGUUAUAUACAAAAGAACCAGAAACAGACUACUUGGAUGCCAGUUUAAUAACCGUCAUGCAGAUUCACUUAAGGGAACCACCAGGUGAUAUUUUACUAUUUCUAACUGGUCAAGAAGAAAUUGACACUGCUUGUGAAAUUCUAUAUGAACGUAUGAAAUCACUUGGGCCGGAUGUUCCUGAAUUGAUUAUUCUUCCUGUUUAUUCGGCUCUUCCUUCUGAGAUGCAAACCAGGAUUUUUGAACCAGCUCCACCAGGCAGUAGAAAGGUCGUUAUUGCUACAAAUAUUGCAGAGACUUCGCUUACUAUUGACGGAAUAUUCUACGUUGUCGAUCCUGGAUUUGUAAAGCAAAAAGUUUAUAAUUCAAAAACUGGAAUGGAUUCUCUGGUUGUAACUCCAAUUUCGCAGGCUCAAGCAAAGCAAAGAGCCGGUAGAGCCGGUAGAACAGGACCUGGAAAGUGUUACAGACUUUAUACUGAAAGGGCUUACAGAGAUGAGAUGCUACCCACCCCUGUUCCGGAAAUACAGAGAACUAAUUUAGCCACUACUGUACUGCAACUUAAAACUAUGGGUAUCAAUGAUCUUCUUCAUUUUGAUUUCAUGGACGCUCCUCCAGUUGAAUCACUCAUUAUGGCUUUAGAACAACUUCAUUCCUUGUCUGCUUUAGACGACGAAGGCUUGUUAACUAGAUUGGGUAGAAGGAUGGCUGAAUUUCCAUUGGAACCAAACCUUUCGAAAAUGCUUAUCAUGUCAGUGGCCCUUCAAUGUUCUGAUGAAAUUCUGACUGUAGUCAGCAUGCUGUCUGUCCAAAAUGUGUUUUAUCGACCUAAGGAUAAACAGGCGUUGGCUGAUCAGAAAAAAGCCAAAUUUAAUCAACCUGAAGGCGAUCAUCUUACCCUCUUAGCUGUUUAUAAUAGUUGGAAAAAUAAUAAAUUUUCUAACGCUUGGUGUUAUGAAAAUUUCGUACAGAUAAGGACUUUAAAAAGGGCACAGGAUGUUCGGAAACAAUUAUUAGGAAUUAUGGACAGACAUAAACUUGAUGUGGUUUCCUGUGAAAAAAACACUGUAAGAGUUCAGAAAGCAGUUUGUUCUGGUUUCUUUAGAAACGCAGCAAAGAAAGAUCCUCAGGAAGGAUACAGGACCCUUGUUGACAGUCAAGUGGUAUACAUUCAUCCAUCGAGUGCUUUGUUUAACAGACAACCUGAAUGGGUUAUUUAUCAUGAACUUGUACAAACCACGAAAGAAUAUAUGAGGGAAGUGACGGCAAUAGAUCCAAAAUGGCUUGUAGAGUUUGCUCCUGCCUUCUUUAAGUUCUCUGACCCAACAAAAUUGAGUAAAUUCAAAAAGAACCAGCGAUUGGAGCCUUUGUACAAUAAAUAUGAAGAACCCAAUGCUUGGAGGAUAUCACGAGUUAGACGACGUCGCAACUAAAGGUAUUUAUUGCAUGUCUUUUGUAUUAUUACAGUUGUUAAAUUCGUUAUAGAAUUUAAAAACGGUAAUAUAUUUUUGUAAAUAAUAUUGUAACAUAUGACGGACGUGAAUAAUAAGUAGUUUUUCUUUUUUUACGAACUCAGUUUAAAUCUGCGCCCACCUUCCCAAAAAUUAUCUGUUAUCUGUUUCUCCAGUUAUUAUCAUGUUUGCAAGUUACUGCUACUGGCUUUUUCACAGAUAGAAGGAAAGUACUGUAAAUGUAUAAUUAAUUUUUUAUUCCUAAUUGAUUGAAUUGUAGUAAAACUGUAUACUAAUUGAAGAUAUAAUUAAGGCAUUUAAAACAAUAAAACAGUCAAAUUGGACUACAA